AGACAGCUUACGAGGAAGACGUGUUUUGAUCAAGAGCUAUUGUGUACUCCGCUGCGGUCGACAAGUGUGAACGAUGUCAUACGUAUAUGUGUAAUAUACUUUCCAUAUCGAAACGAGUAUAUAAACAAGUUGGUGUAGGUCUUUAUUGGCUUCAGUUACAUCGUAGAGAAAUUUACAGCCAGUAAGAAUUUCAUCAGCAGUUGAGCCAUUCAUAUCAUGGAAGGACUGAAGUAUAUUUUCAUAAUUUCUUUGUUACAAACUUCUAUCUAUGCGCAAGAUCCGAUAAUUGAUACUACCACUGGGAAGAUUAAAGGAUCAAACAUUUCAGUUCAGAAUGUUAAUCUUGAUGUAUUUCUUGGAAUACCAUUUGCUAAACCUCCUGUGGGUAAUCUAAGAUUUAGAAGACCGGAACCAAUUGAAAGGUGGAGUGGCAUAAAAGACACCAAGGAACAUGUUUCGGCGUGUGUACAACAAGUACAGGGAGGUAUUGGUGGUGAAAGUUUAUGGAAUCUAAAAACUAAUAUAAGUGAAGAUUGUCUUUAUUUGAACAUUUGGGCACCGACAGAAUCACGGAAGUCUCGUUCCAAUUUAACCACGAUGAUUUGGAUACAUGGAGGUGCAUUUGUUUCAGGCUCAAGUACGCUGGAAAUAUAUGAUGGAAAAUGGUUAGCUACCAGUCAAAAUAUUAUCGUUGCAUCAUUAAAUUACAGACUAGGUCCCUUUGGUUUCCUUUCCUUAAAUGACGAGCGUGCUCCGGGUAAUAUGGGACUGCUUGAUCAAAACCUCGCUAUAAAGUGGAUUCGCGAUAAUAUUGCAUCUUUCGGAGGAGACCCUGAUAGCCUGACACUAUUUGGACAUAGUGCUGGUUCAGCAUCUGUUGGUUUUCAUACUAUUUCCCCACUUUCUCGGAAGCUUUUCAAGAAUGCUAUCAUGAUGAGUGGGUCAACUACCUCCCCCUGGGCAAUUAGAUCAAUAGAUAGAAACAUUGAUAGAGCAAAAGCAAUGGCUUUUGCUCUUAAAUGUCCAAUGGGUAACACUAAAGCGAUGAUAGAUUGCUUUUUAGAAGCUGAUGCUAAAAAACUUGCUGAAGCCCAAUCUUUCAAUUUAGAUGACUACUUAAAAGUUACUUUCACUCCUGUUGUCGAUAAUUACUUCCUAUCAGGAAAUCUAAGUGAAAUUCUGAACGAUAAAACCGUGAAAAAAGAUGUGCUAACUGGUUUUGUCGAAAAUGAAGGAAGUGUUUUUCUUCUAGUGGCAUUUCCCAAAGAAUUACCAAUAAAAGGGAAUGCGCAGAUAGGAACAGAUACUGCACAUAAAUUAAUAAAAAGUGUUACUGAGCCAACAAAUCUAAAUUCUCUGCAAAUGGAUGUCAUCACAUAUCUUUAUGGUUCUCGUGUUUUCUCCUUUCCUGAAACUGAAAAAUACAGAUACAUAAUAGAGCAAGUAGCAGGAGAUACAGCAUUUAAGUGUCCUGCCUUCAAAUUUGCCGAGCAGUUCAGCAGUCAUUCCAACGUCUACAUGUAUUCUUUCGAGUUUCGAUCGCGAUUAAAUCUCUGGCCGAAAUGGUUGGGUGUAGUGCAUGGAUAUGAUGUUAUAUUCGCGUUUGCGCGCCCGUUACCUAAAAAAGAUUAUGCAGAUGAAGAUAAAAUAGUAACAGAACGAAUGUCAAGCUUUUUUGUUAACUUUUCUAAAUCAGGUAAUCCUAACAAUGGAGAUUGCUCUGAUUGCUCCAAUGAUCCAUGGCCCAAGUUCACACCCAAAAGGGAGAUAUAUGUUGUGAUUGAUGAUAAAGCAAAGGUUGAGACGAAAGAGAAUUACAUGAAUAAUAUAUGCGGUUUGUGGACAGAUCUUCUCCCCAAAAUGAACAAACACCCUAUUUGUCCAGUACCAACAAGCGGAUCACAGAAUAUCUGGACAUUCCAGGGAAGAAUUCUGACCUAUUUUACAUCAAUUUCUUUCUCUUUGUUAUUGUUUUGGAACUUUUUGCUUAAAUGCUGAGUUAAUCUCUGAACAUUCCAGGGAAGAAUUCUGACCUAUUUCACAUCAAUUUCUUUCUCUUUGAUAUUGUUUUGGAACUUUUUGCUUAAAGGCUGAGUUAAUCACAUCACUCUAUAUUGACAUUGCCGUGUUAUCUAAUUAAUAAAAUCAUUUUAUCUUU